AAGCACGGAAUGGACUUAUGGAAUCUGGCAAUCAGGUUUAUUUACUUAUCACAGACUACAGUUGGAAUUCUGGGAAAUAUCUCUCUAAUUUUCUACUAUCUAGUCCUUUAUUGCAGAGAAAACACAUUAAAGCCCACAGAUAGGAUACUCAUACACAUGAUGGCAGCCAAUGCUUUGAUCAUUCUCUCUACAGGAGUGCCCCAAACAAUAGCAGUUUGGGGACUUAAGCAUUUCUUGAAUGAUUUUGGAUGCAAGCUGCUGUUGUACUUGCAAGGACUUGGUAGAAGUGUGUCUAUUGGCACCACCUGCCUCUUGAGUGUCUGCCAGGCCUUGACCAUUAGUCCCAGGAAAUCAUGUUGGAAGAAUCAUAAAAUCAAAUUUGAGAAAAUCACUGGCUGCCACAUCUCCCUCAUUUGGAUUCUGUUCAUAUUGAUUUUUCCAUACACAUUUCUUAAUACUGAUAUCAAAAAUAUGACAAGAAAACGAGAUUUUGGUUUCUGCUCCAUUGUAAUGUUGGAUGGAAUUGGCCCUUCCCUCUAUGCAGCACUGGUGGUCUGCCCUGAAAUAUUCUUUUCUGUGCUCAUGGUCUGGUCCAGUGUCUCCAUGAUUGUCAUUCUGUACAGACACAAGCAGAGGGUUCAACAUAUCCGCAGCACCCAUGGUUCCGACAGAAACUCUCUUGAAUCCAGAGUCACACAAAAUAUUCUUAUUCUUGUGUUUAUCUUUCUGGCUUUUCACACUCUUUCCUCCAUCUUAAGAGGCUACAUUUUUCUUUUAUAUUAUCAUAAUUGGUUGUUGGUGAACAUCAAUCGCAUUACUUCUCUCUGCUUUCCAUCAUUUUUACCAUUUGUUCUAUUAUAUCGUUACUCUAUUAUACCCAAGUUUUGUUUGAGCUUCUUACAAAAACAGAAUCUGGGACAAAGUUUGGUGGUCUGGAAGCCACUCAAAAGGCAUGUGGUAUUAAUAGAAACCCCUCUGGCAACACGGUGA